UUUUGUUUUGUACAGCCGAUAAUAGUUUUUUUUAUGUAAAUGAAAGCGACCAUAUGUACAUUCUAAAAAGCAUUUAAAUCGGCUAAAAUAUAUUAACGAAUUAGUGUGAAAAUGGAGGUGAAGACAUUGGACAAAGCGACAUCGCCUCUGCAUAAGACUAUCAAGAGAAAGGACAGAAGGUUUCCAAACGUGUUUAAUAACAAAGCAAAGCCUUCUAAAAAUGACAAACAUUACUUACCUGACAAGCCGGGUAUGAGGAGUGUCGCCAUACAGGACGACUUCAUAUUCAAGGAGGAUAAUCUCAUACAAGAGAGGAUGAACAUGUACUUGUCACACGAACGGCGGAUAUCUGACGCUGAAAUGGUAAUGCAGUGUUUCAGGCAGAUUUACCCGGAAGGGGAGAAGAGGCACAAGCGCUGUCCGCCUGCUUGAACCUUUUACUCAUGUAUUCUCAAUCAAUUAUGAAAAUAAAAACGUUACUUGUU